UCUAUUAACGACAGUGUCAACAAUCAGCAUUAAUUUAAGCGGUUUUUUACUAAAGACUAUUUAAAAUGAAUAGAGGCAGAAGAAAUUUUCACUCGUAUUGGAAAGAAGGUGGGUUCGAACCCGUAAAAAGAGAAGUGUCCAGUAAAAAUAAUACUUCAGUCACUGUGACUAUGCUGAAGGCAUGGUGCAAAGUUUGCAAAAGAGAUUUAGCAAACACUCCUAUAGUCAGACUCCGCAAUCAUCGUAAAUCCUGCAUAUUUCACACAGACAGUGAAACUACUACUACUGUCAGUUCGAAUGACGUAAAUGGAAAUGCUGUCACGGCCACGAACGUGGAAGAAUUUAAUUCUACUUCUACAGUCGAAAAAGAUAACGACUAUAACUCAGCUUUGGAAUCUGCAAACGCUAGUGCAAAACGUAAAGAGAGGAAACUAUUGUCUAGAUUUCAGCCAGAGCCAGAACAAGCUAUUCAAUUGGUAUCAAGACAAAGUGUAUCAAGUGUUGGACCAUAUAAAUUACUGCAGCCACCAAAAAAAAGGAGCAUCACGAAAAUCAUUCGUUGACUGCAUUGAUGAAAAGACAAAACUUAAAAUAAAUGAAAGCUUACUAAAACUUAUUCUAAGUUUAGGCAUUGAUAUUGAACUUAUAGAUAUUAAUUACUUUUAUGAGUUAUGUAAAGUAUUAAGACCAGAAUAUGAACUUUCUCUAUCGGUUGAUUUACUUAAACAAAUUGUACCUGGACUUUACAAUAACUUAGUAAAAGCUAUUCAAACAGUAAGAAAAAGAAUGUGGCAAAAAGAAUGUGGAGAAAUCUUGAGUCUAACUUUUGCCAACGAAGGCAGAUAUUUUAUAAUAGGGAGUGACUUAUCCAUACAUAUAGAACCAUUCAUUGUUGUGUCAAUUGAUAAAAUAAAACAGUUUAGUACUAAAGUUUACGCUGUUGUUUAGAACGCAGAAAGAAUGCUUAGAUUAGAAGAGGCUAAUAGGAGUUUUUGAUUUUUCAAUUGUUUAUCCAGCUCAAUAUACUCAAUUAUUGAUUUAAUCUUAGAUGAAAAUUUAAAAGAUACCAUAACUGUUAUUGUGAACGAAUUUAUGGACUUUGAAAAGGAAAAAGAAUUAUUAAAAUUUGGUGGUUGAACCAAAUAAGCUUUACAAAUUCUAUUGACAAAAACAUUUAUGAAGUGCUCAUACUAGUAUCUAAAAAUUUAAGUUGAAUGCGUCAAAUGAUAACAGAAAACAAGUACGAGCUUACUCGUGAGAUUUUUUCUUAUUAUAAUUGAAAAUAAAAUUGGUGCGGAUUUGAAAAAUGUGAUAAAUGUUUUAACUGAUGUUCUGGAAAUGUCUCAUUUUAAUAAAAAAGUUGAAUACAUAAUUGCAGAUGCUCUUGAAGAUUUCAUGAAUAUUGAAAUAAAAGCUGAAAAUUUAAACUUGAGAAAUAGUAAUUUAAUUAGAGAUGAAUUGAAAAGUAAUUUUAAUUUUAUUUCUAUAGCAGCUAAUUACUUACACUCCGCUUAUCAAGGCAUAAAAUCGAAAAUGUUUGAGCCUGACAGCGAAAAAAUUGUCAUUGAAUUUUUUAUUUGUAACACGGACGAAGAUAUUAUGAGUGCUUUCUUAAAAUUCAAGGACAACAUAGAUAUUUUCAAAGUUCUAUGUAAAAAAAAAUAUGAAAAUGUCAAAAUAUUUUACCAAACAGUACAACCAUUUCACAAAAGGUUUAGUGAAUUUUGUUUUAAAUUAAUUAAAAUACCUGCUUAUUCGAAUCACAAAGAAUUCAAAAUAAACUUACCAAAAAAUUUAGAUAUUAUACAGGAAAAGCAAAUACGAGAGCUUUUCUACUUACUGAAAUGUAAUGAAACGAAAAGAGAAAAAAUGAUUUCAACUUAGUUUUAUUAUUAGAGAACAACCAAAAUUUAUGAGAAUUUUGU